UUUAUUUAUUUUACAUGUAUUUAGUUGAUAUAGUAACAGCAUGUGAAGAUAUAACAGAUGUCAUUUUUUAUAUCUACCUUUAUCUGUUACAGCAGUAUGUCAUCUUUUACCUUUAUUAUUGAAUGAAACAUUUUCACUUGCCACCCGAAAAAGUUUUUUGAACACUUUAUAAUAGCAACAUGUGUCAGCAAGGAACAAUUUCAGGGAGAAUUUUAUUUUUAAUUAAUUCUGAGUGACUGUCCCCUGCCGGAAUGAGUAAACUGUGUUGGUAUUUUAAAUUGAUAUUUUGUAUUAAUAUCUAUGAGAUUUUUUUGGAGUUCCUGGGUGGUGCAAACUGUUAAUGCUGUUAAUGGGCUCAGCUGCUAACCAAAAGGUUAGACGUUUGAGUCCACCCGGAGGCACCUUGGAAGAAAGACCUGGCUGUCUACUUCUGAAAGAUCAGCUACUGAAAACUCUGUGGAGCACAGUUCUACUGUGACACAAAUGAGGUUGACAUAAGUUGGAAUCAACUCAAUGACAAGUGGUACUGGUAUGAGAUUUUACAAGGAUUAUUCCUAAUUAAAAUAUUAAUUUAUUUAUUAGUGUUGAGUAUCAUAGGUUCAUUAAUAAGUACUAAUUUGUGGUCUAUAUAUGAUUAAUCUCUUUUAUUGUUACCAGAUAUUUUUUGGAUACUAGUUUAUAUCAGCUGUUACUCUUUAAACGUACUAUUUUUUAAAUGGUACUGAAUGGUGCAUUUACACAAGGCCGAGUCAUGAUUUCUUAACUUUUUAUAAUUAUUCCAUCUUUUAGAAACUUAAUAAAUGCCAUUUUGGUAAUUUGUACUAAAAAUAAUUUAUUUUUACUAAAAAAAGUUAUAAUAUUGACUGUGCUUUUUGAAGCUACACCCUCAUCUUUUCCCUUUCUAAAAUUCAGAUGGGAGUAGAUUUGUAACUCACAUUUGGGAUAUGUACAUAAUUGAAACAUAUUAGCUUAAGGGAAUAUUUUUAUGUUUAUAAGAAAAAAGCAUAGCUCCUCUGUAUAACUUUUUUUUAGUACAAUUGAUAGAUAAUAUAUUAGAUUUGAUGGACUAAUCAUAGUCUAGUUUAUAUUCCUAGUAUGAUAGAUGCUUGGAAUUGCCAAAUUUAACAUUUGUUUUGUCCCUCUGGCAAUUCACGAGUAACUCUUAUGAUCCAGGCAAUAGUAAUGUAUACUUUUGCUGAUAUAUGAAUUUGAGUCUUACAGCAACUGGGUUGAGAUUUUUGUUUUGGUCACUUAGCCAGCCAGCCAGCCCAGCAGCCUCAUCUCAGAAUGACUUUGUUUUGGCUACUUGACUUUGUGUAUAUGGUAAUUGUUGUGUGUUAAACGGUACUUCACUUUAUAAGUGUCAGUGUGUAUUAAUACCUCUAUUGUGAAUUUUAGGACUUUCAUGGAUAUGUGGAUGUAUCCAACUUAAUGCCAAGGAUCUACCUUAUCACACACAUUAAUACUCUUUUCCAUUUAAGAAUACAUUAUAAAAAUGGUAUUGUAUGACUGUCCUGGUAUUAUUUUAUAUUUAGUGAGUUAGUAUUUUGAAGCUUUUGCUGAUGCCAGUUCAUAAAAUUAAUGGCUUUAGUAGCAGUUGUACUAUUUGUCAUUAAACUUAAUAUUUUAGAAAUUAAUGCCACCAUCUAAUCCUAAAUAUUUAAAAAGUCAAAAGUGUUUUCACUGGUAAUUGAAUGACCUUUUGGGACUGUGUGAAGAGAAUAGACAGUGGAAGUAGUGUGGUGGAAAAAGCAAAGACUUUGAAAUUCUUGGGUUCUGUGUCUACUCUACCAUUAGCAGAAUGGCCUUGGGCACAUGAUUCAGCCUAGCUAAGCAUCCAUUUUCUUAUAUAUAAAACGGGGAUUAUAAUAGCUAGGCUAUGAGUCUGUGAGAUUAAGUGAAAUGAUGUUUGUAAAGCACCUAAUACCAAUCGGUGUGAGUCAUGCCUUCAGUAAGUAGCUGCUAUCAUGUUGGAGGCAGUGAAGGAGAAGAAUUAAUUACUUUACGUUAGCUGUCUUUAAAAUUUCUUAAUUUUAAUUUUUUGUGAAGUUUAGCAUUAUCUUUCAAAAAGAAAUCAAAAGUAAAUAAAUAUAUUUCAAGCUAUAGUAGUAGUCUAGGAUAAUUAUUCCAGCAAAAUGUUAGUUAAUCUUAGAUAAGCUGUCAAGAUAAAAGAAUAAUUGCAAGUGUAAUAAUACAAAUAAAUAUAAAUUCUGAAGUUGAAUACAUAUAUGUGUGUGUGUGUGUAUAUAUAUACCAAAAAAAUAAACCUGUUGCCAUCAAGUCAGUUCCAACUCAUAGCGA